GAUAAGAAUGGAUCCUCUGGAAGAAUUUAAUAGUUCGGAUGAGAAAGAUGAGAAUUUCUUGUCAAGUGACUUUAAAAGUCAAAGGAAGAGAAGAAUGAGUAGGAGGAAUAAUUUCUUUGAGCCAGGAACGAAAUUUGGAAAUCAAAAAAAUUAUCGUAAAUCUAGCCUCUUUGCAGAUUCUCCUGUAGUUAAGAGUGCAAGGAAAUUGAUCAGGAGUCAGACUAAACUUCGUAAUUAUGAUAAGAAAAUGUCGGAGAUGUCAUUUGAUAAUGAUAGAUUAGAGAUUGUAUCAAACACUAAUUCUAACCCAAACACCAAUAGGGAGAAAAAUGAUGAUGAACAUCUGAUCCCUACUAAAAGGAAAUGCUCAUUGUUCAUGUUACAGAACAGAAGUAAGAAGAGAAUCCGGUGGGAUCUCUUCAUCAUGUUACUUGCAACAUGGAAUUGAUUCUCAGUUCCUUAUAACGUUGCAUUUGACUCGACUGUUUUUCCAGGAAUUCUGUCUGACAUCCUAAAUUGGUUUAUUGACAUAUUUUUCAUGCUGGAUAUCUUGAUGAACUUUAGAACAACUAUAAAUGAUGAUGAGACAGGAGGAGAGAUCUCUGACCCAUUCAAGAUUGCUUUUAACUAUCUGAAGGGCAAAUUUUGGAUAGACCUUCUAGCUUCUAUUCCAUUUGACUUUUUCUCAGUUUUAUUUAUAAGCUCGAGUAAUAAUUUCAUUCUACAGCUGUUUGGGCUCCUAAAACUGGUAAGAAUAUUGAGACUAUCAAGACUGAUCACAUACAUGAAUCUCCAAGAUGAUGUCAAAAUGUCCUUGAAGUUGGGAAAGCUGAUCUUCUUUUUAAUUAUGUAUAUUCACUGUAUUGGAUGAUUGUGGUUCUUUAUUGCCAAACAAAAUGAAACUUGGAUGCCUCCUUUAGAUUAUGUAUGGGUUGAGACACAUAUUUAUACAGAAAAUGCUUUUCAUCAAUACUGAAACUCUUUGUACCACGCAAUGCUGAUGCUGGGAGGAAAUGAUAUUGGGCCAAGAGGGAGCUUCCAGCUUGCAUUCAUAACAUCUUUACUCUUUGCUGGUGCGAUCAUUAAUGCUAACAUUUUUGGUAACAUUGCUGUUCUAUUACAACAGUUAAAUAGAAAAGCAACCAAGUUUCAGGAAAAGGUUGAAAAUGCUAAUGCUGCUAUGAAGAAUCUCUCAAUUCCUUCUAAAAUACAAUUUGAGGUGCAGAGAUAUCUUGAUUAUACACAAAGCACUAGUGAUCAUCAGCAAGAGCUUAAGAAUUUUCUUGGACUGAUCCCUCCAAGCCUGAGUGAGCUAGUAGUUAAGCAUAUAUCUGAGCAAGCUUUGAAUAAAAACGAAGUGUUCCAGAAUAACUCGAAUAUAUUAGAUUCUAUUUUGACAGAACUAGUACCUUGUCAGUAUACACCUGAAGAUGCGAUAGUUCGUCAAGGGGAGAAGGCCGAAAAUAUCUAUUUCCUUUGUAAAGGAGAAUGAGAUGUACUUGUCACUGAUCAAUCACUCAAAGAGUCAUUCGUCAAAGAGCUACAUCAAGGGGCUUAUUUUGGAGAAAUAGCGUUAUUGAAAUAACUGUAGAAGGACCGCAACUGUUAAAUCUAAGAACUUUACUACCCUAGUUUCCUUAGAUAGUCAAUCAUUUCUGGAAAUGGUCAGUGUCAAUCCUGAUAUCGCCGAAUCAAUGAACAAGCAUAUCAAAGUUUCGUACAAGGAUCGGUGGAAAAAGUUCAUCAAAAGAGCUCUGUGAAGUAUAGAAUACUUCAGUGGGCCAACAUCCGAUGAAAUUAUAGAAGCCUUGGCAUAUAAACUGGAAAUUUUGAACAUUAAUAAAGAUACCACAAUAUUUCAGAAUGGAAAACCAUGCACUGAAAUAUACAUUGUUGCUCAUGGAGAGGUGAAUAUUUAUAUAAAAUAACAGCCAGGUCAAGGACUCCUACCUAGAUAUGGUCUAUCAGGGAUGCUCUAUUGGGUCCUACAGUGUGCUCACUGGGGACGACUACUCUAUUACUGGGAAAGCUAAAACAGAUUGCACACUACUAAAGUUGACCUACAAUACUCUUGAAGAGCUAAGGAACAAAUUUGACGAAUUAGACUAUAUCUUAUCUGAAUUUGAAGACUACAUUGAGGCAGAAGGAUUACCGUUCUGAGACUUUAAACUCUACAGAGCUGGAUUUAUGAAAAUGAAGCCACUCAAAAAGUUUCAGAUUGGAAUCAGGAGAAUUAUUCAAAUAGUGAAAUCACACAAAACACAUAACAUCACAAGGAUGUUUAACAAGAUUCAGGAUGACAACAAGAAGGCAAGAGAGGAUAAGAAUAAGACCAAAAAGGCUAUUGUUCUCAGGAAAGCUUCUGUCAAUCCCAUGGCUGCUGCUAAAAUGGCAGACAGUGAAAGAAAAGAUCCUAAAUACAGCUUUUUAAGCUCCAAAAUAGAUAAAUUAACCAGAAUUGUUGAAAAACAACAUGAGAUAAUACAAGAUCUCAGGAAUGAUAUUAGAGAAAAAUUCGGUUUAGAAAAAUUGAAGACAGAAUAUGCUAAUGAUGUUGGAAAAUCAUCUCAUGAUUUUAGUUCAGAGUAUUCGGAUGAUUCUACUUUUAAUUAAGAAAUUUAUCAGGAACAAGUCUAAAUAAUGAUAACCCAGAACGGAGUCUUUCCCAGUUUUCACAUAAAAAUAAAUUCAAGAAAAAGAAAUCUGAAGUUGAUAACUCAAAGAACUUUCCUGAGAUAAAGAUAGAGAAUAUUUCUAAAUAGGACUGUUUCACAGGCACUUCCUAUGGCUAAAAAAUUACCAAAAGAGAUUAGGCUAAACAAGAACAUUAACCAAGUAAUCCUUGACCCUCCAAAGAAGGUGCAAUUUGGCAGCAGCAAUACUAUUAAAUAGCAGUCUCGAAAUUAAUAAAGUUGAGGAAUAUAUUGAGAAUGAUGAUAAGUUGCUAAAAGGAUCUCAGACAUUCACAGACAAGUCUCAAUGAAUCGAUAAAGACCAGAACCAAAACCAAACUGGAGAGAACCUUAACAACACUGAAAUGGAGAUGGAAAAUCUACUUAUAGACGAUGAGGUGGAACUGCCGGACAACAUGAAACGACUGACAACUGAUGAGAUUAAUGAUAUUUUAUAACCCAAAAUCUAAAAUGCCCAACAAUCUUAGGCAGCCCUCUAGUACCUACUAGUUUGGCAUAAUAAUUUUAUCUGUUUUAAAACCUAUGAACCAAA